GUGAAGCUGUACACUGGUCAGGUGAUACGGCCACUCGUGAAAAAACUAUAAUCUCCUUUGAUAUUAACAGUGAGAAGUUCAUUGGUUUACCACUUCCUGAAGAAACUAUGAAAUGCCCAGAAGAGAUAUUUGAUGUCCAAGUGCUGGGAGAUUCCCUUUGCUUAAUUUGUGGUGUCCGUAACGUUCAUGUUGAUGUAUGGGUUAUGCAAAAUUAUGGUGUGAGAGAAUCUUGGACAAAGCAAUUCACCAUUACCCAAGAAGGAAUGACUGAAGAACCCCGAUUAUUAAAGUUCUAUGGCUCUGUUAAAGAUAGUGAGAUUCUAAUACAGGUUGGUGAACGUCUCGGUUUAUACGACCAAAAGAAUGAUAGCGUUAGGAUCCUAGAUAUAAAUGGCAUAAAUGAUGGUAAUUUUUUCUCGGAGAGUUACGUGGAGAGCUUAGUUUCGGUGAGUUCAGGUACUUAUAUGGGUACAACGGGGAAAAAACAGUCCAAGGAUGCUAUUGAAAUUCAAGAUUCUCACUCGAAGAGAAACACCAAAGUUACAAUGGAAGAAGCUGCAGAUAAAGAAGCGAAACGCAAGCAUAAUGAACUACUAGAUGAAAGUAGUAGCAGUUCUAAAAGAAAACGAGCAUCUUAUGAGAACAAAGAAUUGGAUGCCGUUAAUUCUUCUCUUGGUGAUGCUUUAUUUGUCAACGUAUAA